GACGCCCUGUGCGAAUCGGGGCCAAUAUGACGGAGAGAGCUCCCCCGCAAGCACGCACGCACGCACGCCUAACCCUAACCCUAGCUAAGAAUCCCCUCCCGCAACCAGGUCGUGUCUCAGGGCGCAUCGCCGAAGGCCAAGCCCUCCCUCCCCUAGCAGCGGGCCGCCCGUUCCCGGCGGGACGCGCCGGCGCCGGCGCCCCCAGGCUCAAGCUCCGUCGCGCUUUCGACGGCGAGGGAUGGAUCCGAUGGACAUCGUGGGCAAGUCCAAGGAGGACGUCUCCCUCCCCAAAUCAACAAUGACCAAGAUUAUUAAGGAGAUGCUACCGCCUGAUGUUCGAGUAGCAAGAGAUACACAGGAUCUUCUUGUUGAAUGCUGUGUAGAGUUCAUCAAUCUUCUUUCUUCGGAAUCCAAUGACGUGUGCAGCCGGGACGACAAGAAAACUAUUGCCCCUGAACAUGUUAUUAGGGCUUUGCAGGAUCUUGGCUUCAAGGAGUAUGUUGAAGAAGUUUAUGCAGCCUACGAACAGCACAAGCUUGAAACCCUGGACUCUCCAAAAGCAACCAAGUUCACUGGCAUAGAGAUGACAGAAGAAGAAGCUGUUGCUGAACAGCAGAGAAUGUUUGCUGAAGCCCGAGCAAGGAUGAACAAUGGAGCUGCCAAACCAAAGGAGCCUGCAUUAGAACCACAGAAUCAACCCCAACAGCCCCCACAACCUCAUCUGCAGCUGCAUCCUCAAGCACAGCAGCCUCCACAACCCCAACCGCAACUGCAUCAUCCUCAAUCACAGCAGCCCCUGCAUCCUCAACUGCAACCGUAUACUCAGGCUCCACCACAGCAGCCCCUGCAUCCUCAACUGCAACCGUAUACUCAGGCUCCACCACAGCAACCCCUACAACCUCCACUGCAGCUGUAUCCUCAGGCUCAACCUGAGCAACCCCUGCAGCCUCAAUCCUCAGGAUCAACCACAGGAACCUGUGUAAUCUCAACUGCCGCUCCAUCUGCAACCGGCACCACUGCUGCUGCAACCUCCGCCCCAGCAAUCCCCGCAAUCUCAACUGCAGCUCCAUCAGCAACCCCAGCCGAUGCAAGUGCUGCUGCCGCCGCUGCCGCAACCUCAACCCCAGCCACCUGAACUGCAGCAGCCCCAGCCGCUAACACAACUGCAAGCGGAACAUGGCCUGAACUGGACAGUUAGUGGUUCGGAACAUGUAGCGUCACUAUAAGUUAAGACUCUGCCUCCUUUAAAAUUGUGCGUUAGGUUUGCCUGCAUCUUGUACAAUGUAAAUCGUGUGUGAUUUCAGCCACCGUGUCUCUAAUAAUCUGAAGCUCUCUAGUAAGCGAUGUACUUACUGCGCUGGAUACUGUGUUUAUGACUGUUGUAGUCUCAUGGUAUUGUGUGUGACGUGUCAGAAGCUACUCCAUUACCAGUGUAAUCAAUUGCCUAACUUAAUGUUCACCCGUGAUGAUAGUAAUUGAUUUCAGUGUGCUACUGUUGGUUGAA